GGCUGCGGUCCAGUCUCGCUCUGCCGCGCGCCCCGCCCCUCGGAGGCCGCUCCUCCAGCGCGCCCCCACGGCUCGCGGCGCUUACAGAUACUGAGCGCUCAGGCCUCCAGCCCCAACCCGGGCCCCAGCAGCCUCCGAGGCCGGCCCCCUUCCUGGAGGGAAGAGCCGCCUUGGGAGGAGGGACAGGGACCUGGGGGCGGCCACGGCAGGGUUAACCUCCAUUUCAGCUAACCAUGGGAGAGAUUAAAGUCUCUCCUGAUUAUAACUGGUUUAGAAGUACAGUCCCCCUUAAAAAGAUUAUUGUGGAUGAUGAUGAUAGUAAGAUCUGGUCGCUCUACGAUGCAGGCCCCAGAAAUAUCAGGUGUCCUCUCAUAUUUCUCCCUCCCGUCAGUGGAACUGCGGAUGUAUUUUUCCGGCAGAUUUUGGCUUUGACUGGAUGGGGUUACCGGGUUAUAGCUUUGCAGUAUCCAGUUUAUUGGGACCACCUUGAAUUCUGUGAUGGAUUCAGAAAACUUUUAGACCAUUUACAAUUGGACAAAGUUCAUCUCUUUGGGGCUUCUUUGGGAGGCUUUUUGGCCCAAAAGUUUGCUGAAUACACUCACAAAUCUCCCAGAGUCCACUCCCUCAUCCUCUGCAAUUCCUUCAGUGACACCUCUAUCUUUAACCAAACAUGGACCGCAAACAGCUUUUGGCUGAUGCCAUCAUUUAUGCUUAAAAAAAUAGUUCUUGGGAACUUUUCCUCUGGCCCAGUGGACCCUAUGAUGGCUGAUGCCAUUGAUUUCAUGGUAGACAGGCUGGAAAGUUUGGGUCAGAGUGAACUGGCUUCAAGACUUACCCUGAAUUGUCAAAAUUCUUACGUGGAACCUCAUAAAAUUCGGGACAUCCCUGUAACCAUUAUGGAUGUGUUUGACCAGAGUGCACUUUCAACUGAAGCUAAAGAAGAAAUGUACAAACUGUAUCCUAAUGCCCGGAGGGCUCACCUUAAAACAGGAGGCAAUUUCCCAUACCUGUGCAGAAGUGCAGAGGUGAAUCUCUAUGUACAGAUACAUUUGCUUCAAUUCCAUGGAACCAAAUACGCAGCUAUUGACCCAUCAAUGGUCAGUGCCGAGGAACUCGAGGUGCAGAAAGGUAGCCUUGGCAUCAGUCAGGAGGAGCAGUAGCUGUUAGUGACGAAUGGUCCAGCGUGUUUGUACAAUCAGUGACGUCAGUGCCCGCCAGUCGGCCUCUCUUCGGUUGGUCAGGUUCACCGGUUAUCACUGUGUUUGGAACUAGGACUGAUGGUCAUCUUUGUGACAGGCGGCGGCUCUUCUAAGCCAGUGUAACUAUUUCCUCUUCCGUUUUUUAGCUUUUGAACUUAAGUACUUUUGGAGACUCCCAUUUUAAGAACUGUGAAAAUUUUGCUACCAAAAGUAUUUACCCACUGUGUUCUUAAUUGUUAAUUUCUUAGUUUGGGGGAUUUGUAGAUUUUUUUUUUCCUUUUCUUUCUGUCUUCCUUUCUUCCUGUUAUUUGCUGUAAAUGCUGCAUAGCCAUGUUAUAUAUCAGCACAUUUUUUUUUAUGCUUUCUUGGUUAUAACAGUUACUUACUAGAGUGCCAAGGCUGUCACCUACUGUUUGCUCUCCUGCAAAUCAACUACUUCUAAUUUCCAGUUAAGCCAGUUGUUUUUAAUUUUGGCUGUUGUCUU